UGUGAGAGGCCGGAAGUGCGCCCUCCCUGCUCGCCGUUUGAAAAUGCUGCCCAGGCAGUAGGACGUGCGGCUGCCACCCCUCCCCCCCGGGCUCGGAGGGGGAGCGACUCCAUGGAGCGGCCGUGAGUUUUACACACAGGCUGCGAUUUCUUCACUGCCAAAAUGACAUCACUUUCCACUUCUGCCCAGUGUUCAACAUCCGAGAGUGCUUGCGGGAUCUCUACAGAACGAAUCAACCAGGUACGACCAAAACUGCCGCUUUUGAAGAUCUUGCAGGCAGCAGGUGCACAAGGUGAAAUGUUCACUGUUAAAGAGGUUAUGCACUAUCUAGGCCAGUAUAUAAUGGUGAAGCAGCUUUAUGAUCAGCAGGAGCAGCAUAUGGUGUAUUGUGGUGGAGAUCUUUUGGGAGAGCUUCUAGGACGGCAGAGCUUCUCUGUGAAAGAUCCAAGCCCCCUCUAUGAUAUGCUAAGAAAGAAUCUUGUCUCUUUAGCCACUGCUACUACAGAUGCUGCUCAGACUCUCGCUCUCGCACAAGAUCACAGUAUGGAUAUUCCAAGUCAAGACCAACUGAAGCCAUGUGCGGAGGGGAGUUCCAGUUCCAGGAAAAGAGCCGAAGAAAACAAUAUUCCCACACGGCCUACCUCACAGCAUAAACGCAGAAACUCUAGAGAAGAUGAAGACUUGAUAGAAAAUUUAACCCAAGAGGAGACAUCUAGGCUGGACCUUGGGUUUGAGGAGUGGGAUGUAGCUGGCCUGCCUUGGUGGUUUUUAGGAAACUUGAGAAACAACUAUACACCUAGAAGUAAUGGCUCAACUGACUUACAGACCAAUCAGGAUAUAGGUACUGCCAUUGUUUCAGACACUACAGAUGACUUGUGGUUUUUGAAUGAGUCAGUAUCAGAGCAGUUAGGUGUUGGAAUAAAAGGUGAAACUGCUCUUACUGAUCAAGCAAGUGAAGAAGUAGGAAAAGUGGGUGACAAAAAGGUGAUUGAAGAGAGGAAAAGUGAUGACCCUGAGGACUCGAAGUCCUUAAGUGAUGACACUGAUGUAGAAGUCACCUCUGAGGACGAGUGGCAGUGCACUGAGUGCAGGAAGUUUAACUCUCCAAGCAAGAGGUACUGUUUUCGAUGCUGGGCCUUGAGGAAAGACUGGUAUUCAGAUUGUUCUAAGUUAACCCAUUCUCUCUCCACGUCCGAUAUCACUGCCAUACCUGAAAAGAAGGAAAAUGAAGGAAUUGACGUCCCUGAUUGUCGAAGAACCAUUUCGGCUCCGGUUGUUAGACCUAAAGAUGUUUAUAGAAAGGAAGAAAACUCCAAACUUUUUGAUCCCUGCAGCUCGGUGGAAUUCUUAGAUUUGGCUCAUAGUUCCGAAAGCCAAGAGACCGUCUCCAGCAUGGGAGAACAAGCAGAUAACCUUUUUGAGCAGAGGACAGAUACAGAAAACAUGGAGGACUGCCAGAACAUCUUGAAGCCGUGCAGCUUAUGUGAGAAAAGACCCCGAGACGGGAACAUCAUUCACGGGAGGACGAGCCACCUUACCACUUGUUUCCACUGUGCAAGAAGACUAAAGAAGGCUGGGGCUUCGUGCCCUAUUUGCAAGAAAGAGAUUCAGUUGGUCAUUAAGGUUUUCAUCGCAUAGCUGAAUCUGUGAGUUGCAGAGAAAUAAGAGAGCCACGUCAUAUUGGAAACACCAGUAUUGAGCACCUCUUUCUAGCUGAGCUAUUGUUAACCCCUGUGUUCCCGGACAUUGUUCCUCUGCACCUAAAUGGAAUUGAGCGUGAGUUCUUUAGAACUAGAUAAUCGAUUUUUGGGGGCUCCAUUAACAUGAAAACAAAUGCAAAUAAAUCACUUCAUUCUCCCUCCAAAGAGUAGGACAGAACCUGCUACCAGGACAAACAGAAAUGCAUUUAUUCAUUCACUUACCAAACUGAGAAUUAAUCCUUCUUUAGUUGAUUUUUAUUCCCCACCCUUCUGUUAGGGAAUGUUUUUCUGUUGUCAUAAUCCAAGGUUGUUAUUAGAAAAAUAUUAGCGCUAAUAAUGAAAACAUACAUGAUCUGGUUAGUCCAGUUAGGAGGACUGAGAGUCACUUUAUGUUAUAGUUAGGCUGCAUGGUUCAGAGAAGCCAAAAGAGAAAGUAUUGAAAAACAAGAGAUUUCUUCCAGGGAUGCCUAGUAUAGUGGUUAUAAGACAUUCUUUCUAACAUACCCCUAAAAUAAUUUCAAAGUAUAUAUAUAAUCUUUUGCACAUUUGAAAAAUGAGGUAUAGUUAGCAUGUAAUAAAGUAUUCCCUUCAUCUGAGUUGUAGAAACCUUGAGUAACCACCCUAAAUAAGCCAUAGAACCAGAACACUUCCUUUAGCCCCAUUGCAGGCCAUUCUUCAACCAGUUCAUGGCUCUCACUCUAUGUUCUCCUUUUGCACAUCUUUAAUUUGACAUCUAAGUUCUUUAAAAAUUUAAGUACUUAAAAAAGAUAUUAUGCAAUAUAGUGUAUAUUAUAUACAUGCUUUAAAGAUACUUGUAUCAAAGCCUUGGAGCUGUAGGCUUAGCUGAUUAAAUUUAUAGAAAAAGUCCUCAUAGAAACUGGCAAAGCCUGUCCUCAUUUCAAAAUGAAUCAGCCAAAUUAAAGUGUUAAUUCUAAUGACUACAUAGGUCUCUGGCCCAGCCCUCCUACACUUGAUCUUAGCCAAAAGGCCGAGAAGCAAUGCCAGCCCUCCUGGUGGUGGUUCUGAACUAGAGAAGGCAGAGAAGUUUCAGCCAAAGCUGUCUCUGUCUGGCUUUCUCGCUCCUGGUUGUCUUGGGAGGCCUCUUUGGCACCUGUAGGAUAGUUUACACCUGAAGCGGUGCCUCACCCAGUUCUGGGUGGGUCAGAGGCAGCCUUUCUUUCAAGAAUAGGGAGUAAGGCAAUUGUGACAAGGGAGAUAAUGAAAGAAAAGUGAUAGACUGGGAGAAGCUUGGUCAUGCCACGUCAAUUUUAGGACAAUACAUACAGAAAUGGAAAGUACCAAUGUCUGUUCAACUCAUGGAGAAAUACCACCUGCGUUGCUUGAACGUGCCCAGCUCCCCAGGGAUUGAUCCCAAGGACCAGGCCAUUUGAGCAGAUGUGCCCAGAAGCUCUGAUGCAGGUUUUCUACCGACUGCUUUUAGGUGCCUUGCCCUAAAAGGAAGGGCUUUGCCUCGCUGUUUGGUGCCAAACUAGAACAUAGACCAGACAGGCUCCCUUUAUUAUUUUAUUUAGUUUCCAGAGAGGAAAUUUUCUUAAUUUUAAGCCUUAAUGUACUCAUGUAUUCAAUGUCUCUUCUUUUGCACCUGAGGCUAGAUGACGCAGUUAGUGCACAGCCAGAGUUCAGAGUUGUCGCUGGAAUCUGAAUCUGUUGACGCAUAAAUCUUCACACAAUCCUUGUUAACUUUAUCAUUUGCUAAAAAUGUUCAGUGGUGAUGCAUAUGUAGGUCUUCUAAGUGAUAUUAGAGAUUAGGGGUUUGCAGCCAGGAUGGGACUUCAGAGCCUCUGAAAACAGCCCUGUAAGUGUCAUGCUUUUGUAGCCAAUUAGCAGAUUCUCCCACUGAGGACAGGGAAAGGGGGCAGCGUUGCUCCUGUCUCAGAAAUGAAGCUCACGUCUCUGGCUCUGCAGGCACUGGGAGGGCACCGGUUUUCACCCAGAAGCAGAACAGCCCUUUGAGUCAGGUGUUCUGUGAGACGCAGGUGAAUGCUCUGAAAGCUGAGAGGUAGUUUUCUCCUUCCUCCUCCCGCCCCGUACUCUCCUCAUGGUUUGAUAGCCUCGGUCUUAAGUUUUUGCCAGUGUGCCUUUGAGGUGAUUAAAAUCAGAGUUGGGGAUUUAGGGUCUGCAGUUGCAUCCUGUGAUACCAUAUAUAAAGAUGCAGCCUUUUAGAUAAAACUUAGGUAAGAAUCAAACGUUUUAUUUAUGUUUGUAGAUGUUUAAUGCUAAUUUUGGUACAUCCCUGCUCAGCGCAAUCUGGCACUACCCAGCAUCCCUUGCUUCCUGUCUGCUUCCCUGGGUUUCCCUGUCUCCAGUAGCGCUAAGUCCUUCGCUUGGCGCCGUCUGAGGGAAACCUCAUCUUCAGCUGCAGGAGACGUUAAACCUCCUCGAUUGGAUUUUGUUCUUUUUUCAUUGCCCCUGCGGUACAACUUCUUUCUCUGCCACAGAAGCAGGGUGUUGUUUCUGUGGAAGUCUUCAGGUUACUGUAAGAUGCUGCCGUCCAUCUUCAGCUGUGACGCGGCCCGCCAUCCUGUCUGCUUUGUUGCCACCGCCUGUUCACUCUCAGAUGUCUUCACUUGGUGGUAAAUUCCGUGGCUGCCCUGGUUACAAGCAGGCCAUGCCUGGGUGGAGACCUCGGCUGUGAGGAAGGCUCCAGAGCUGGUGGCAGUGCGGUCGGUGUUUGUGGUGCACAGCGCCGUGGACUGAAUGGUGACCUCACACCACCUUAGCAUUGGCUUCCUUAUUCUAGUUGCCAUUUACAUUCAUAUUUAUAAUGAUGCUAUCUUGGACAGGAAGUUCGGAACAGAGAUGAUAAAUUAUUAGACAAAUACUUUCUAAAUGACAGCUGCAAAGAUCUUUUCUCUCUUAAUAUCAGUUCACUUACCUUACAGUGUACCUGCCAGAAGUCAGUAUGCUUUUGUAUUUAAUACUUAAUCCAGACUUUGUAAAAGUUGAGACCAAGCCUUGAAACUGUUAUUAACCAUUUCUCCUCAGUCCACCUGGAGAGACCACGGGUUUCCAAUCCUAGGCUUGAACAGUGGACCAGAGUCCAACCAGGCCAGCCUCCACACUGCCACAGACUGUGUAAUACAAGACACUGCCAAGCAUUUGAAUAUACAGUUGUUUUCAUUAUAAUUUAUGUAUGUUUAGAUGUAUGUAAUGCUUUGUGGAUUAUUUGCUUUGUAAAAAUAAUUUGUUUUUAAAGGUUAGGAUCAUUUGUAACUUUAUUUGCAUGUGUCAGUUCAAUGCAAUAUUGGCUUUGAAAAGUCAUUGAUGAGAAACUGGUGGAUGUUGUUGGGUUCUACAAAGCUAUUGUAAUGUUACCUCUUGAUUCACUUUAGAAAGCAGAACGCCUGUUAACCAACUCGAGGGUUUUUUCUCUCUCACAGACUUACCUGGACUGAAAGUACAUGGCUUCAGAUACUGUGAAUCUGCUCUUUCCCAUUUUGCCGGUCAACUGCUUACGUUGUUUAGAGCCGCGUCCUGAAGCAGAACUCACUGUGCUGGUUCUCCCAGGCAGUGUGCAUGUCCGCGCAUGCGCACUGUCGAGAUUGAGGCUGCCUUUGCUAAAGGGGCUGUGGAUUAGGAACAAGCUGUGUGUAGAAUCUGCACUUCCGUGGGUAAGGAGCCUGCAAGCUCUCCCCGGUGCCCAAGUGAAGAUGUGUUUACAAAUGUCUGGGGUGUGCACUGUCGUUGGGAAUGCUGGAAUUUCUCAGAUUUACGAGUAGAUGAGUUACAGUUUAGCGUAGAAGGACAGUUUGAGGACAAAAAGGCUAAAUGGAAGUGAGCAUCUGAGUAGUUAAAGUCGCUCCCCAGGCCUAAUCUGGGGACAGUCUGAGGUGUCCUUUCUGUGGGCGGAGCUCUAGUUAUGUCUGCCAUUGCCUACCCUUCCUGUAUAGGAGCCCCAGGCUCUUCUCUCCCAUGGGAGAGUGUCCCAUAAGCAUGUUGAGAUCUUUUGAUGGAAUGCUGUGAAUUACGUGGUGAAUAUGGCGUUGCUCAACAAGGCCCACGCUUGAGUUCCUGCACCUUUCUCGUAGCCUUUUCAGUGACAGAACGUGGGCGGAGAGGAUUCAGAUCUGCAGAAAGUGGGACUCUCCUGGUGGCUCAUCUGAAGUCCAGGCGCGGCUUCACGUGCGGGGGAGCUCUCCUCAGGACUCUUCCCCAGUGCCUCUGGGAGCGAGCACAGCUGGCAGAGCUCCCUGCUUCCCAGUGUGGCGGGGAGCAUCCCAGAUACCUGAAAAGGGCCGAGCAGUGCUGUGAGGGCAGUUCCUUCCAGAGCAGGCCUUGCACGUUGGCAGGUGCUUCUUUGAAAAGGCCAUUAUCGUUCUAACGCUUUGAGAGUAUCAGCAUCUCAUUUCUCACCCGAGGCAUUUGUUUUCUGAGCAGUAAGUACUUUGAUGCAACAGGCACUUGCCCUCCGUUACUAUUAGUCUUAGAUCCUCUUGGUUCAGAGUUCUCUAUUUCUGGGUAUCGCCUCUAUACCAAAGGCCUCUGGUCCCCUCUGGCGUGGCGGUGACUAGGACCAUUCCUGUCUCCUGGUCGGUCGGCGGGAGCAUUUCACCGCACAGUCAGGUGGUGGGUUCUCACAGUGAGGAAGGGACACUUCUGUCUCGAGGGUGGAGGCCUCUGUGGACGCGGUACAGGGGCGCUGCUGUCCCCGGCAUCUGUGCCUGAAAAAUCGAAGCCAGCCUUCCCUCUCGUCCAGGAGAAAGCAUUUUUCCCUGUAGUUUGCCCCCUGUGUGCCCUGUUCCUCCCUUCUUCUAGAGCGAGCCCGUAGACAAUGUUGUAGAGGGGGGUGACGUGUUGUUGGCCUCCCCAGCACUUGGCAUGGCAGAAGUCAUGAGCAGCUAACUCCUGAACAGGACCCUGGGCCUGCAGCUGUGCACUCUGAAGUGCCUCCGAGGUGGAGUAGGAUUGUCCCACUGGCCCAGCUCCAGACUGGAACUUCUUAAGCCCGUUUUCUCUCAUCUGAAAAGUGAGCACACAAACCCUACCCUUUCUACCUCAUCGUUUGUUGUGGCGAUUUAAUCUGGAUUGCCUGUGAUUGCCUUGAAGAUGAUCGAAGAAGCUAUCGCGCUGUUGGUAGCCUGAGCUCUGGGGUGUGCAUGCGAGAUACCUCACGGCCUGCAAGCUGAGCACGAGCGCUCCCAUAUGCCCACCGGGCAGGGCCCCUCUUAGCCACGCUGCGAGCGCGCAUCCUUUCCUUGAUGAGGGAAGCCUGGCCUUUGGCUUCUCUGAGAGCAGAUUAUGUCCUGGUGGAACUGCCUAGCUGUGGUCUUGAACGGAAAUCCUACAUACACUUGAGGAGGCGGCAUAAAAUGCACUGCCGGAAUACAGACAACAUGGGAUUUCCCAGAUCUCUUUCACGAGGAGUAGCAGAUGUGGCUUCAGAAAAUGAGAAGAAAAGCCAGUUUGAAGUGACUGGUGGCCAGCUUACUCACUAAAUGAGGCCGGGGGAGGCACUGUCAGGCAUUCUUGCCUGAUUUUUACAAGCACUGCUAAGUUAACAGCUCCGUCUUGGUGUUUGCACUACGUCAUGCUUGUAAUACCUUUUGAUUUUAUUGCAUUUUUUUGCUUAUUAAAUAUUUUUCAUUUUGUCAUCA